AUGUCAUUCCAGAGUCACCAGUUUGUUGUGAUGGACCUCCCACUACUGUUUGAAUCAAAGACAUAUCUACCAUACAUGUCGUAUAUUCUAGUGGUCUCAUGUUCUUCUGAAAAGCAGCUUGAGCGACUUAAAACUCGAAAUAAUUACACAACUGAAGAAGCAGAGAACAGAAUCAAAGCUCAAAUGCCAUUGGCUGAAAAGUGUCUGUUAGCAACUACUGUGCUUGACAAUAAUGGAACAAUUGAAGAACUUUAAAGACAACUGCAUCAAAUCUGUAUUGACCUGAGGCGAAGUAAACUCCACUGGAAACUGCGUCUUGGUCUACUUUCACUAUUCUUAACUCCAUUGUCAAUACUAACUUGCUUUUUGUUUUCAACAAAUUAAUUAAGGUGGGAAAUGGCCAUGCAAUGUAUUAAAAUGCCAAUAUAAAUGUUUUUUUAUACACAAAAUUACCUUUAUAUGUCCAUUUCAUUGACAAUUCAUAUUUUCAAUCCAUUAAUGUUUAAACAUCUACCGUAAUUAUCCCCUGCCAUAGGCGGAGGGAUAUUGUUUUUGCGUUGUCCGUCCUUCCGUCCGUCCGGCACUUUUGUGUUCGGAGCCAUAUCUUGUAAGUGCUUUUGGCGGAUUGUAUUGAAACUUGGUAUGAGUAUAUAUAUAUAUGUAUAAGAGGUUGAUGCAAGCCAAAUGGCAUUGUACACCAUCUGUUAAUAACAGAGCUAUGGCCCUUUGUAUCUUGAAAAAAUGCUUUUUUGUGUCCGGAGCCAUAUCUUUGAAGUGCUUUGGCGGAUUUCAUUGAAACUUGGUAUGAGUAUAUAUACCGAUAAGAGAAUGAUGCAUGCCAAAUGGCAAUGUACAGCAUUGGAUAUUAAAGGAGUUAUGGCCCUUUGUAUCUUGCUUUUUUUGUGUGUCCGGAGCCAUAUCUUGGAAGUGCUUUAACCGAUUUUAUUCAAACUUGGCAUGAGGAUAUAUAUGGUUAAGAGGAUGUGAUACGUUGGCGUUGUCCAUCCCUCCAGAAAACUUUUGUGUCCAGAAGUAUAUUUGCGGGGGAUAUCAAUUCAAUAAAUUUGCUUGUUCUAUGUUGUAUUUAAUUUAAUUGUUUGUUUUGAUGGCAUUGCAGUGUACAGAUAUUUGAAAAUGGUGAAGCAUUUUAUUAGCAGUUACUCAAAUGUAUUUAACACUGUAUAAACCUUAAAUCUUGUUUCUGGGUCAAUUAGGUUUUAUUCUGA